AUGGCACCCAUAAGUUAUAUAACAAGAACACAAUCAUUCUCGGCAGCUCAUAGAUUGCACUCUAAGCAACUAUCUAAUGAGGAAAACCAGCUACUGUAUGGAAAGUGUAAUCACCAUAAUUUCCAUGGUCAUAACUAUAAAGUCGAAAUCACCCUAAGAGGAGAAGUUAAUCCAAUAACAGGCAUGGUAAUGAAUUUAGUUGAUCUAAAAGAAUGUAUCAAGCUGGCUAUUAUGGACCCACUCGACCAUAAGAAUUUGGAUUUGGAUGUCGAAUUCUUUCAUAAAAGACCUAGUACAGCCGAAAACCUGGCGAUAUUCAUUUGGUGGAAUUUUCAGUAUCAUUUUCUAAAAAAUGAUGCAUGGAGAUCAAGUUCAGCCAAAUUAUACAAGGUGAAGUUGUAUGAAACAGAGCAUAAUGUCAUAGAAUAUAUGGGAGAAGGAGAUUUAGACGGCGAGGCGCAGCUAGAUGUCACUGCCAUAAAGCUAAGUGGAAUUGGCAUUAACAGUGAAGACCCUUGGUCUUUGAAAAUAUAA